UCAGCACCAUUUCGAGUUUUGAAAUAGUCCAAAAGCCUCUCUCUCUCCUAAAAUUACGCCUCCAUUGAGCUCCCGGUUCGCCCUUUCCCCAAAUCCACAGCGCUCUCUCUCUCCCCUCCUGCUUUCUUCUACUGCAUCCUAGUGACCAAACUCGUUGGGAACCUAACGGGCUUCUGCUUUCUUCCUCGGCACUCGCAACAAUCGUCUGCACGAAUCGUGCGUUUGUGUUCACGAUGGAUUGCUCACGUUCUCGGCCUCCGAUUUUGGUACUUCUGCUGGUUUUCUUGCUUUCCGUUGAGAGCUCUUGGUCGCAGCAAGUCAUGCCGCCGGCGCCGACGGCCGCUCCCACCCCUGCGCCUGCCCCUGCUCCGUCGCCGGAGUCCUUAUGCAAUGGGAUAUUCCUCUCUUACGUCCUCGAGCAGCGGGAGAGGAUACACCCCUUCACAAGCAACCCAGCGGACCAGCCCUACUCCUUCCGCGCCACCGCCACCGUCCUCAACCACGGCACCGCUGACCUCGUCGCCUGGACGCUCCUCGUCCCGUUCCGUCACCGCGAGCUCCUCGUUUCCGUCGACGGCGGUGUUCUCGCCAACGCUUCUAGCUCCGUUCUACCCUACAACACCACUCUCGAUGCUAAUGUUACUGCCUUCUCCGGCUACCCCAACGCCGAUCUGAAGACCCCGAUCGAGACGGCCAACGAUCUGUCGCAGAUCCAAACUAAGAUUUCCUUCGUCGGGACCCUCUUUGGCUCUCCGUCCCCGGCAGUGCCUCUGCCGGAGUUUCUUGAUCUUGAUGACCCCUCUUACAUUUGCGCGCAGCUGCCCGGCUUCAAUGACUCCGGCUCCGUCCAGAGGUGCUGCCGCCCGGACCCUAAUUAUGUUCCCAAGCCAGUGAACGCCACCGGCUUCCUAGAGCGCCAAUCCGGGGACCUGACCAUCACCUACGAUGUGCUGCAGUCCUACGGUGACAGCUACCUCGCCCUCGUCACCAUCGAAAACCAUAACCCCCUCGGCCGCCUCGACAACUGGGAGCUCUCAUGGGAGUGGGCUCGCGACGAGUUCAUCCUCUCCAUGAAGGGCGCGUACCCGACCGUCGUUGACGCUUCCGGUUGCAUCUUCGGCAAGCAGGGACAAUACUACCAGAACUUUGACUUCACCAAGGUGCUCAGCUGCAAGCAGAAACCCACCAUCUCUGACCUAUCGCCGUGGCGGUACAACGACACCGAUCUUGGCCGCAUCCCUCACUGCUGCCGCAACGGGACCCUUCUUCCACCAGAGAUGGACCCUGAGCAGUCCGUCUCGGCCUUCCAGAUCCAGGUGCAAAAGAUGCCACCCGAUGUCAACCGCUCCGUCCUCUUCCCUCCGGUCAACUGGAACAUCUCCGGCUCCGGUCUCAACCCCAACUACCAGUGCGGUCAGCCAAUUCGUGUCAGCCCUGCUCAGUUCCCCGAUCCGAGCGGCAUCGACUCGGAGAGCCUCGCGCUCGCCAGUUGGCAGGUGGUCUGCAACAUCACCCGGCCCAAGAGCGCCAGUCCCAAGUGCUGCGUCUCCUUCUCCGCCUUCUACAACGACUCCGUCGUCCCCUGCAAAACCUGCGCCUGCGGGUGCUCCGCCAGUAGCCGCGCCCAGACCUGCAACGUCUCCGCCCCGGGGAUCCUCCUCCCGCCCGAAUCCCUCCUGGUGCCAUUCGAUAACCGGACGGAAAAAGCCCUCGCCUGGGCGCAGAUCAAGCACUACAACGUUCCCUCCCCCUUGCCCUGCGCCGACAACUGCGGCCUCAGCAUCAACUGGCACGUCCUCACCAACUACCAGAAGGGGUGGUCGGCCAGGGUGACGCUGUUCAACUGGGGCGAGGACCAGUUCGCAGACUGGUUCAUGGCCGCCAAAUUGGACAAGGCAUAUCCAGGUUACGAGCAGUUGUACUCCUUCAACGGGACCAAGAUGGACGACGACACCAUCUUCAUCGUGGGCAAUCCCGGACUCAACUAUCUGAACGGGGAAACGAACGGCAACAGCUACAGCGACCCCAGAGUGCCGGGAAAGCAACAGUCUGUGAUAUCAUUCACGAAGAAGUCAACACCGGGCAUCGAAAUCCUAGCUGGGGACGGCUACCCUUCGAAGGUCUACUUCAACGGGGAGGAGUGCUCAAUGCCGGACAUGUUUCCUACCAGUUGGGCAUUCAGGAGUCGCCGUCCUGGAACCUUCACUGCUUUGGGCUUCCUUCUCCUCGUUGCAUCUCUCCUUUUCUUGCUUCAGUAGCUACCACUUCCAGCUGCCAUUUCCUUGAUUCUUUCAGUGACCUCGCACCCAAUUGCCCGUUUGACAAUUGGAACAGACCACAGGUACAAACGCAUACAAAAGGUUAGAUUUUUCUCAUACAAUUGUUGCACGAUAUCUAUUUUGUCAGAAGAUUAUGUAUUGUGUGGCCCCUUAUGGUCACUGUUGUAACUAGACUUGAUUGUUUUAGUUUAUGGACUUCACUCGUUUUGCUCCA